AGCGCGUACAUGUGCCGAGAAAAAAGGCGCUUUGCUUUUAAAUUAAGCUCGCAAAGUAGUUUGAAUUUUAAAUAAAUAUGAAAAAAUUGGGAGACAUACGCGCGUCAAUGUUUCAAUAACUGUGAACAAUAUGCCGCGCUUACGUAAAUGCUGUAAUAGCCACAAAUUUAGUCCAAGUUCAUAGCAGCAACUUUUAAAGUUAUCCAAACGUGUUCACACCCUACCCAAAUCGUUUCCAUUACGACAACGAAGAAGUUUAUUUGAUGCAAAAAGUGUAAAUAAAUUUUAUUAAAUUGCGCCAUUGCUUUAAAAUAGUAGCUGUAACCAAAAUUUACGUCAAUUCUGCGAGCGAGCUGCAAGUCCCAAAUUGCUGUUGCCGCCAUUUUAAAUUUACUACCAUUAGCCAAUUCAAGUGGCAAGACGUCUUUUAACGAGUAUACAAGGCAUGGACACCGCUGCCGCCGCCGCUGCUGCCGUUGCCGUUGAUCUUAGCGCCGAGUGCAGCAGCAAAUCGACUGCAUCCAAACUGCUGUCCAAACCUAAACCAAAAUCAGCGUUAAACUUCACUAACGCUGUAGUCCCAUGUGCCCCUAGCACUGAGCACGAUAACUCCAACUGCCUGGGCAGCACUGUGGAGUCAAUGUCCGCCACGCCGCCACCGACUCCGGCGCGCAUGCGCUGCAUCAGCAAGGAAGCCUUAGACAUAGGCAAUGCUGAGUCACUAUGCAGCCUAAAGGAUGCAGCUGCAGAGAAUUCGGAGUCAGCGCUAUCGACUUUAACAUCAACGUCUUCCACAAACUCUUCCACAACACCAUCGUCUGCCUUGCUUACACCCACAACGCCGAACACGAACGGCACCGGCGGCUCCAGCGGUAAUGUCAGCGCCAGCUCAAGCUCACGGACUGUGGCAGCGGCUGGGGAUAACAUGGGACAGCUUUUACAUUGGCAGGAUAUGCCAAAGUAUCUGCAGUUCAAUCCGUAUGUGCUGAACGGCUACCGCCCGCUGCAGACCUUCAGAGGUUGCCUGCUCAGUCUUUUCUAUUGGCAUAACGAGACCAUCAACAUACUGACGCAUGCUAUACCAAUAUUUUAUAUACUUGCAAUUGUGCCUGGUCUCAUGCCUUGGCAUACUGGCUACAAGUUCCUUUCGUUUUGCCAUGUUUUCGGAUCCGUGGCGCCCUGGUGUGGCAGCUUUCUGUAUCAUUUAUUUAUGAACAUCGAGCGGGGCGAGAAUGUUUACUACACGCUGCUUAAGCUGGACAUGGUGGGCAUUUGGGUGAGCCAAAGCUUCGGUGCCUUGCCUUUGGUUACAGCCACAACGCUGUGCUUUCCUCCAUUUCUGAAAUGGCUCAUUAUCAUCUCAUACUGCAUACUCUCGCUCUGGGGUCUCUACAAGGCUCUGACUGCAGGCUCGCCUUGGCAGAGACGUCUCUGCUUCGCUCUGCCGUUUGCCAUGCGUUCGGUGCUGACCUUUUUGCGUAUUCGAGGAAUGGUGGGCGGCAGCCACAUGGCCCUUUCCCAUGUCUACUUGCAGGUCGAAGUUGACGGUGUUUCGAUUUUAGGUGGCGCCAUUGGCGCAAUGCGCAUACCCGAAAAAUGGUUUCCAGGUCUAGUUGAUUUCUAUCUGAACUCCCACAACAUCAUGCAUGUCUUGGUCGUUGUCGCUGUGUACUCGAUGCAUAAGGCUACCAUUAAGGACUUUGAGUGGAUGUCCACACAGACUUGCAACACGGUAGCCAAUGCCACCGAGCAAUCGCUGGUGCAUAUGGAACUAUGACCCGUUUAUUGGAUGCUGCCCCUCGUGCUGCUCGCUUUACUGUUCUUAAUUAAGCCCCGCGCAGCGCAACGACGACGGCCGCCGCUGCCUUGGAAGCUAGCCAGGACUGCACAGACAUCAUCAUCAUCGGUGGGCUAGGAACAACGCAGUCAACCAACGAGUAUUCGUUUCUAAAUAUACCAUGUAUAAAUGAGCGCGUGCUGUAACAGUAACAAUAGUAUUAAGCAUACGUAUGUGCAUACCAUAAGUUUGCCUACAAUACAACAUACAACAUAUACAUAUAACUUUAUUUACAGUUAGUACAUACAUCGACUGUGGUAUUAAGCAUUAAGGUAAUCUGACAAAUAUUACACUGUGCUUUCGAAUAACAAUUAAUACUGACGACUUCUUUGCGAGUUUUCCGUGAAAUACUUACUAUACAAAUAAUAAUUUUAAUGAUGUUGAUACAUGUGUACCUCAUUAUGCUUACAAAUGUAACAUCUAAAUUUCAAAAAGACAAAAAAACAAAAAAAAAAAAAGCAAAAAAACAUAACAUUGUACCUCGUCAACUAUUAACAAGUGUGCAACAAAUGCGACACGUAUUUUAAGCAAUAACAAGCAGCUAACAUUUCAAAUAAAAUCUCCUAGUGCAACUAACUCUACCAAAGAUUAUAUAUAAUCUUUAACUAAACUCGUAAUUAGAAAUUAUAAUUCAAUUAUUUUGUCAUGCUUAGUAUUCGAAAUUAUAUUAGAAGUAUUAUUCUAACAUUAGUUAUGUAUAAGAAUUGGACAAGUGUGAACAAAAAUCUUCUAGCUAUAUUGCUGCUGAAUCAAACUAGUAGAACUUCCUAAUGCCUAAGUUUCCCAAUAUACAUACUACUAUUAUACAUGCAUAACAAUUAGAAUAUUCAAUUAACAACUUUCCACAAAAAUGUAUUUGAGCAAUUUUCCUAGACUUUAAGCAAGUUAUAAAUAUGGCAAUAUUAAACUCCACGAAACGGAACAAUUAUGAAUAAUUAGAUUUUAGUAGUUUCAAUAAUUUACAUUAUUUACAUUUAUGACAAACAGCAAUAUAAAAACAAUAGUAAAGCUAACGAAUUAGACGAAUAAAUGCAGAAGCAAGCAACGUAAAAUCAGUGCUUGUAACAAAUUGUAACGUAAUUGUAAGGAGCAAAGUAGCAAUAAUGUUAUAUACAUGUAUAAUUUUCGGAGAAAGUUAAUAAAAAACGGAUUAAGCA